GAGGAAGAGGAAGCGGUAGUUACAAACUGCAGCGGUGAGAUGUUCGGACUCUUCGGGAAAAGUAAACCCGUGAAAAUUAGGAGUUUUAAUGAAAACAGGAAGUAUGGAGUUGCAGCAAAAGACCUGAAGGAGCUGCUUAAAAAAGGCUGCAAGACAUUAAAGUUGCCACUUCCUGUUGCACAUGUUUGUUUGUAUUCUGAUGGGACAACAGUGACGGAGGAAUUCUUCCAGACUCUGCCGGACCACACCGAACUCGUUCUCCUCUAUGGGGAGCAGACGUGGAGCGGGGUUGUGCAUGACAUCGGUGAGUUACUGGACACAGACCGACACGCCGACGCUAUCAUCGAAGCAGCGAAGGGGCUCCUGUCUGACGAGGAGUCACCGAAGAGGCGUAAGAUCCUGAGUGACCUGCUGCUGAACCUGGACGACAGGUCUGAGCUGGAGAGCAGAGAGGAGGACGAGGAGUGGUUCAGAGGCGUCGAAGCUCGAUUCAAGACAAAGUCCGCCUACAUGAAGUCCAACUGUGAGAGCAGGAUACGAGGUUACAUGAAGGAGGUGGACGCCGCCACCAAAACCAUCCAGAAAGCUAAAGUCAGGGCCGAGUUCUUGAAAACAUCAAAGUCCCUGGUGGAAAUGCUGAAAGCUGCCAGAUACAACGGCUCUUACUUUGACAGGACUGAGACAGAGCCGGCUCGCCUCUGCACUCAGGAGGGAUGGUUCACCUGCCAGGGAUCAUUUGACCUGGACGUGUGCAAGUCCCUCCACUCCAUCAACCCAUACGGCAGCCGGGAGAGCAGGAUCCUCUUCAGCACCUGGAACCUGGACCACAGGAUAGAAAAGAAGAGGACGGUCAUUCCCGCUCUGCUGGACGCUCUGCAAAAUCACAAGGCAGCCGACGUCAACCUGACCUACUUCUACCGCCUGCUGUUCACCAGGGAAAACCUGAAGCUGGUUCACAUCGUGUGCCACAAGAAGGGAGCUCACAACCUGCAGUGUGACGCCAAGAAGGUUUUUGAACGAGCCAGCGAGGCCAACAAGAGAAACCAGCCGACCAACGGCAAGAAGAGGCGCUUGAAGUGAAUAUUUUUUUAUUAAUUAAUUUGUAUUUACAGAAGCCGAGAAAAGGGCCUACUCACAAAUAUUUAUUUUUAAUCCUGUUAUCUCAGGAUAAAGCUAGACUUAAAGAGAUAUUAUCAAGAGAAAAUUAUUUUUUGCUAUCCUGUAAUGAGAUAAUUAUCCUGUUAUCUCAAGAUAACGAGAUAUUAUCAGGAUAAAACGAUUUUUUAUUAUCCCGAGCUAAGGAGAUAAUUAUCCGGAGAAAAUAAUUUUGACUGAACCUCAUGGGAUAAAAAAAAUGGCCUCUCUCAGCUUCUGUAUGUAUGAGCUGUGACUACAUUAUGUCUUACACUGAUGAACCAUGUGAAUAUCUCCACUGUAGCAAUAAGGUGACGUCACCUUUUUAUUUGUACCUCAUGGAGUAAAUACUCAGAGUUGAAACCAUGAAAAAUGUUUAUUUAUUCUUUGUGUUGGCUGGUGAUUAAAAUCGCAUGAGCUGAUUACAAUGACUGUUUCCUGUACAAGGCAUUCGCUCAGUCACAAAGUUGCAUAGAAGAAUAUGAAAAGCAUUUUACAUAAAUAAGGCAGUAAAAAUAUAUAAAACAUUUGCUUGGACGGCCAGAACAAAAAACUCGAGUACAACGACUGUGACUCUGAUUUAGACGAGAAACCUCAAGGUUUUUUGUUUUGUUUUUUUGUUUUUUAAACUAUAAAUUUUUCAUUUGUAAUUUUGUCAUUUUUUUGCAAAUAUAAACCCAACAGGAACCAUGUCAGGGAAAAUGAUUAGCUGCAUUGAUUAUUGAUAUGUGUACAUAUAUAUACAGGAAUAUUAGACACUUGGUGAAUAAGAAAACUACAGACAUGAGAUUUGUGAUAUUAAAUGAGCUCAUGUUGACACUGUU